CCGGUUUGGGCGUGAUGUAGGAGCUUCUCCAGGAGCUCGUGUUCUAUCGGUAGAACGCUGGCGGCUGAUGUGUCGCGCGCCCCCACUAUCCCCGGAGCGCUGCAGUCCGCGGGGCCCAGGCUGCGUUCCCAGGCGUCUGCACUAGGGGCUGGUUGGCCCUGCGGCUUCUUCUGGGGUCUGAUCAGCCCUGCUCCUCCGGCUGCCGCGGCAGGUGAUUGCCCAGGUGACUCGCCGUGCUGGCUGCUUGGUUGCAGAAGCAGCAGGAGGUUCUGCAGUGCGUGGUUGCGCAGCCUACUCGUCCGUCUGGGAUCUUGGUUAGGGCAGUUUGGUGUGUUAUAAUUGGCUUCCUUUGGCUGCUGUGCAUGGGCCUGUGUGGGUCCUGCCAGCCUUUGUUUUCUUGGUGGUGAGAGGAGGGGAGCAUGGCAGCCUCUGGGUCGGAAAAAAGCAACAAGAAGAAAACAGAGAAGAAACUUGCAGCCCGAGAAGAAGCGAAACUGCUGGCGAGCUUUAUGGGAGUCAUGAAUACCAUGCGAAAACAGAAAACGCUCUGUGAUGUCAUUCUCAUGGUCCAGGAAAGAAAGAUCCCAGCUCAUCGUGUUGUGCUUGCUUCAGCCAGUCACUUUUUUAACUUGAUGUUUACUACAAAUAUGCUUGAAUCAAAGUCCUUUGAAGUGGAGCUAAAAGAUGCAGAGCCUGACAUUAUUGAACAGCUUGUGGAGUUUGCUUAUACUGCGAGAAUUUCCGUUAAUAGCAAUAACGUCCAGUCUUUACUAGAUGCAGCAAACCAAUAUCAAAUAGAACCUGUGAAAAAAAUGUGUGUGGAUUUUUUGAAAGAGCAAGUGGAUGCUUCAAACUGUCUUGGUAUAAGUGUAUUAGCAGAAUGCCUAGACUGUCCAGAACUGAAGGCCACUGCAGAUGACUUUAUCCAUCAACAUUUCACUGAGGUUUACAAGACAGAUGAGUUUCUACAGCUGGAUGUUAAACGUGUGACACAUCUCCUGAACCAGGACACACUGACUGUAAGGGCAGAAGAUCAGGUUUAUGAUGCAGCAGUCAGGUGGCUGAAGUACGAUGAACCUAACCGCCAGCCAUACAUGGUCGACAUCCUUGCUAAAGUCAGAUUUCCUCUUAUAUCGAAGAACUUCUUAAGUAAAACGGUACAAGCUGAGCCACUUAUUCAGGAUAACCCUGAAUGCCUUAAAAUGGUGAUCAGUGGAAUGCGAUAUCAUCUGCUGUCUCCAGAGGACAGAGAAGAGCUAGUGGAGGGCACCCGGCCACGAAGAAAAAAACACGAUUACCGCAUUGCCUUAUUUGGAGGAUCACAGCCACAGUCCUGCAGAUACUUUAAUCCAAAGGAUUACAGCUGGACAGACAUCCGAUGUCCCUUUGAAAAGCGCAGAGAUGCAGCUUGUGUCUUCUGGGACAAUGUAGUUUAUAUUUUGGGUGGCUCCCAACUCUUCCCUAUAAAGCGAAUGGACUGCUACAAUGUGGUGAAGGAUAGCUGGUAUUCCAAACUGGGACCUCCAACGCCUCGAGAUAGCCUUGCAGCCUGUGCUGCAGAGGGCAAAAUUUAUACAUCUGGUGGUUCAGAAGUGGGAAAUUCUGCUCUGUAUUUAUUUGAAUGCUAUGAUACAAGAACAGAAAGCUGGCACACAAAGCCCAGCAUGCUGACUCAGCGUUGCAGUCAUGGGAUGGUGGAGGCAAAUGGCCUGAUUUACGUAUGUGGAGGAAGUUUGGGAAACAAUGUUUCUGGAAGGGUCCUGAAUUCCUGUGAAGUUUAUGAUCCAGCAACAGAAACGUGGACUGAGCUGUGUCCAAUGAUAGAAGCCAGGAAGAAUCAUGGGCUGGUGUUUGUAAAAGACAAAAUAUUUGCUGUGGGUGGACAAAAUGGCUUAGGUGGCCUAGACAACGUGGAAUAUUAUGAUAUUAAGAUGAAUGAAUGGAAGAUGGUGUCACCAAUGCCGUGGAAGGGUGUAACAGUGAAGUGUGCUGCUGUGGGCUCUAUAGUCUACGUCCUGGCUGGGUUUCAGGGUGUGGGCCGAUUAGGGCACAUCCUUGAGUAUAAUACUGAAACAGACAAGUGGGUAGCCAACUCCAAAGUCCGUGCUUUCCCAGUGACGAGUUGUUUAAUCUGUGUUGUUGAUACUUGUGGAGCAAAUGAAGAGACGUUAGAGACAUGAAGGCCUCAAGGAGAGGUCAGGACAUUUUUCAGAGACUUGGAAAAGAUGGCCAUUGGUGCUUUGCUUCUAUGUUUUAUUGAUUCUUGUUAAACUGAAUAAUCUGAAAAACUGAGAUGCAAUCCUCAUAUUUGUAUAUACAGUAUGUGACCAGUUUAAUUUUUACAGUUUGUUUUAAAAGAUGGGAUGUAUUUCAAGAUUCCACUAACAUAGUUGAGAACACAUGACCAGUUCUCUUGAAAAUAUUUUUUGUGUGGCUCUGCCAAAAAACAAACAACCUCCACCCUCGCCCCACCCAGUUACUUAGAAAAUGUUAGUGCAUUUGAUGUAGUUUAGCCUAAAUCUUAUCUUUACUUGACUCAAGAUAGUUAAGUGAAAAGCAGACUGUGAAGAGUUACAAAGGGAUCUCUUAAAACUGGAUGACUGGACAACAAAACGGUAGAUGAAAUUCAGUGUUGAUAAAUGCAAAGUAAUGCGUAUUGGAAAACAUAAUCCCAACUAUACAUAUAAAAUGAUGGGGUCUAAAUGAGCUGCUACCACUCAAGAAAGAGCUCUUGGAGUCGUUAUGGAUAGUUUUCUGAAAACAUCCACUCAAUGUGCGAUGGCUGUCAAAAAAGCUAACACAAUGUUGGGAAUCAUUAAGACGGGGAUAGAUGAUAAGACGGAAAAUAUAUUGCCUCUAUAUAAAGCAAUGGAUCGCCCAUAUCUUGGAUACUACGUGCAGAUGUGGUCACCCCAGAUAUAUUGGAAUUGGAAAAGGUUCAGAAAAGGCAACAAAAAUGAUUAGGGGUAUGGAACAGCUUCUGUAUGAGAAGAGAUUAAUAAAACUGGAACUUUUCAGUUUGAAAAAGAGACGACUAAGGGGAAUAUGAUAGAAGUCUAUAAAAUCAUGACCGGUGUGGAGAAAGUAAAGAUGGAAGUGUUAUUUACUCCUCAUAACACAAGAACUAGGGGUCACUAAAUGAAAUUAAUAGGCAGCAGGUUUAAAACAAACAAAAUGAAGUAUUUUUUCACACAGUGCACAGUCAACCUGUGGAACUCUUGGCCAGAGGAUGUUGUAAGGCCAAGAUUAUAACAGGGUUCAAAAAAGAAAUUCAUGGAGGAUAGGUAAGGCUGUGUGUCUGUCACAGAGGUCAUGGAAAUGAUGAAUUCCGUGACUUCAGGGUCCGAUGCGGCUGGCUCCAGGGCUGCCCGAGCAGAUCAGGCAGCCCCUCAGCCAGCAGCACUGGCCGCUGCUGGGGUAGUUUGGGUGUGGGAGAGGGCUCAGGACUGGAGGCAGAGCUUGGGGUGUGGGGUGGCUCCCCGGAAGCGACUGGCACGUUCCUGCAGCUCCUAGGUGGAGGGACCGGGGGCUCUGCACGCUACCCAUGCUCACAGGUGCCGCCCCCGCAGCUCCCACUGGCUGCGGUUCCCAGCCACCGGGAGCUAUGGAGUUGGAACUCUUGGCGGGGGCAGCGCGGGGAGCCCCCAUGGCCUUCCCUGCUCCAAUGGGAGCUUCAGGGACAUGCAGAGCUGGGUAGGGAGUCUGCCAGCCCAACCAACUCCCCCCCGAACCAAUCGGGGUCCUGGGCUGCAUGCCACUGCCCACCCCGCAGCACCAGUGGGGGUCUCAGACCAUGUGCUGCCCCCCCAGCACCAGCAGGGGUCCUGAGCCAUACACCCUAGCACCCCCGGACCACCACCACCCCUGAGCACCCGCAGCCCCCCCCCCACCCCUCCUGCCCAAGUUUUAGUUAGGGGUACAAGUCAUGGACAGGUCACAGGCUGUGAAUUUUUGUUUACUGCCCAUGAUCUGUCUAUGACUUUUACUAAAAAUACCUGUGACUAAAACGUAGCCUUAAGGAUAGGUCCAUCAAUGACUAUUAGCCACGAUGGACAGGGAUGGUGUCCCUAGCUACUGUUUGCCAGAAGCUGGGAAUGGGUACAGAGGAUAGAUCACUUGAUGAUUACCUGUUCUGUUCAUUCCCUCUGGGGCACCUGGCACUGGCCACUGUCGGAAGACCACUUCCUAGGCUAGAUGGACCUUGGGUCUGACCCAGUAUACCCAUUCUUAUGUAAUUUCUACAGCUCGGACACAGAGAUUCUCCAGAUACCAAAGGUGAGUGAAUAUAGCUUGGGUCACAAGCAAAAAUGAAUUUGCUCAUACUGUUCUUUCUCAUUGAUGCACAUUGCAGAACUACGAUUCUACUUAUAUAACUGUAAGUACCCGAUCUUGCAACACAAGGGUAUAAUGGAUUAGGAGUGAUGUGCAGAUAACUUGCACAGUGCCUUUCUGUACUGUGGCUGGUUUACUCCCGUGCUGUUCAUUCCUCACCUUCAUGACCAUUUCACUGCAUACUGAUUUUAAAAAUUAGACAGGCCAUAUGUACAUUACAGAAACACUGAUGCCUGGAUAUUUGAUUUGGCACUUUGAGGGCCUUAUACAAAAAACCCUCUAAAUUAUCACAAAACUCAGAAUCUUGAAGUUUGAUUGCAUAUUUAAUUCAUCAACAAUAAUAGUGUUCUGUACUACCAGGUUGGGCACUUGGGAUCAAUUCCCAAUCUGUUUUCCCAUUCAAAUGUGCUGGAAGCACUGUGGAGGCCAACCCAUUUGUGAAGAUUUGGGGUGGAAAAGUAGUCAAUAAGAUAUUAUAUUGACUUUCUUCCUAUUGGAAUUGACUGUAUAAACAUAAAAUUCCUUACAAUAAUUUUAUAGAAACAUAAAGUUGGAAAAGAUUUUGAAAAAUCUGUGGACUAGAAGCAUACAGUACUGUAAAUGUAUCCAAAUCAUCAAAAACUUCACUGUAAACAUGGCAACAAUAUAUCUUCCAGUUCCCCCAUGCUCCAGUUUACAAGACAAAUAAGCUAAAGUGUUAAUGCUUGUCAGGUAACCUCUCGUACACUUAUCAAAGUCAAUACUGUAUACACUUUCCCACUUUGAAAAACUACAGACUGGUAUGCAUAAGUUUAUACUGCUGUGCACAUUAGUUCAGUUAGUUCAUGAGUUUUCACCCUAAUUUUAUCAGUUCUAUAACAUAUCCUUUUCAGACCCAUCCCUGUUAGACUAUUAAGAAAGCAAUGAUUUAAUAAUUACAUUGCUACAUACUUUUUAAUGGAUACUCUGUCAAAAGGAAAAUGGGAUGUCCAAAAGAUGCUCUGUUCCAAGUUCUUUAUAAAUUUGGUAAAAUCCCUGCUUCCAGAUCUCACUGUCUUUCAAGAAUCUCUGUGUGCUAAAGUAUCACAUAUACUCUCAUAAACUGGAUUAAAUCCUACAUUUUCUGGGUUCAAAGGCUGAUUUUUAUAACUGCUAGUAUGUUUUUAAAAUUCCAAAGCAUAUGUUUCUAAUUUUAUUUUCGAUAGAUUGAUGAUUUUCUUAAACUACUGACAAAUUUAUAAAUACAAAGAAUGAAAGAAUUUGAACAAAUUUGACUGUGGUGUAGCACAGUUAAAAAGCAGCUUCAGCUGGAUAUUUUGUUGGACCUGCUAUACAGUAUUUUUGGUUUUAGCCUUUUCUUUGUCUUUUCUAGAAGAUCAAUCCACCUCUUAUUAAUCAGUCAAUCUCAAUGUUUUCUAUAAUUUAUUGACUUAAACUAGUGUAAAGUAAUGAAGAUCUUGCUUAUGUACUUCAUCUGUUAGAGCUUAUUUGGGUUUUCUCAUGCUAUGUAAUCUAGCCUGUAGUCUAGAGCAUGCUAAACCUGGUUUAUUGUCUGAAUUAUUGGUAUUGGUAUUUGAACAUUACUGAGAGUGCAACAAAACUUUUCUUUGUAGAUAAUUCUGUGUAUCAAGCACGUGUACUGAUAAACUUUAAGUAUGGCUUCUGUGUUCAGUAUCAGAAGCACCCUUUGAAACUUCCUGAUGGAAAUGAAACAAAUACCUCAGUGAAGCUUGUGGAUCAGUAAACAUUGUUCAGUAAAUGUUUUCUUCAGUACUA